AUGCCGACUUUCACUGUCGUAGCUUUAGAUAGGUUAUUAGAACCUGGAACUUCUUCCAAAUCCGUUGACAUGUCUUCUCUUCCGAAUUCCAAGCCUAUUUCAAAUUCAAUGCCGGUUCCUGAGUCCAAGCUGGAGAGAAGGAACAGUACCUCAGUUGUGGAGAACAGGCUUCAUCGACCUCCAAUGAAGCCAGCCCUCUAUGCUACUCCUGAGGCCACCCCACUCCCUGAUUCGCCUACUUCCUUCCCUCCCUCGCCUUACAUCAUCAACCACAAGCGCCGAGGCCCUCGCCUUCUCAAGAGUUAUUCCGAGCAGGACGUGUCCAUACACCAGAAGGCCGGAAAUGAAGAGAAACUCAAUGGGGAUGUUAACAAUGCAGAGGCCAAGUUGUCGAGUUCAACUGUGGAUGAUUCAGCUACUUUUACUUUUCCCAAGCCUGUUGAAGUGCAACAUUUGAAUGGCUUUCAUCAUUUUGAAAGCAGCAAUGGGAAGCUUGGGACAAGUAAUGGGAAACUUAGAAGCAGUAAGGUGGAACUGGGUAGUAGUAGUGAGCGUGAAGAUAGCUUCCACGAGUCAAAACAGAGAAGCAGUAACGUGGAACUAAGUAAAGAUUCGGAUAGGGAUGAUGAUAUGUGGAAGCAACCUGCGAUGACUCCAGAAAGAGAUAGUGACCGUGAAGAUUUCUUUGAUCCGAAAGACUCCAUGAGUGUCUCAAGUUACACAGAUGGAGAGGUAAAUGCUGGGGCAGAGCGUUCUGCGCAGACCAGUACUCCCAUGGGGGAGUUCUAUGAUGCUUGGGAAGAACUUUCAUCUGAGAGUGGGCAUGGGCAGCAGCUUUCCGUUUCUGAUGUUGAAGCUGAAUUACGUGAAAUGAGAUUGAGUCUUUUGAUGGAAAUAGAGAAGCGGAAGCAAGCAGAAGAAUCCUUGAAUAACUUGAGAAACCAGUGGCAGAGGAUUAGGCAACAUUUAUCUCUUGUAGGAUUGACACUCCCUGCAGAUCCCACUGCUGCAGCAGGGCUUGAGGAACUAGGUUCUGAUCCUGCAGAAGAGUUGUGCCAACAAGUUCACCUUGCUAGGUUUGUAUCAAAUUCUAUUGGAAGGGGCAUAAUAAGGGCUGAGAUGGAGAUGGAGAUGGAAGCUCAGAUUGAGUCAAAGAACUUUGAGAUUGCUCGGUUGGUGGACAAACUCCGUAAUUAUGAGGCUAUGAAUCAGGAAAUGGUUCAGAGGAAUCAGGACGUUCUCGAGCUGGCACGGCGUGACAGGGAGAGAAGGGAAAGAAGACAGAGGUGGGUCUGGGGCUCAAUUGCUGCUGCCUUAACUCUUGGUACUGCAGCCUUGGCAUACUCUUAUAUCCCGUCUGGUAGGGGAUCGCCAAACUACGAUUCUGAGGAUGAUCAGUCCUUGUUUAAAGUCUACAUUUCGGCUUCAGGAUGUCUUGAAGCGCUAACAGGAACAUACGGGUAUCAGUUUCUUGGUGCCUUAGUCACUAGAAAUGUGCCUUUCAUGGUGCUCCACAGCCCUAUCUAA